AGUCAAAAGGAAAAAGAAACACCGAAAAAAAAGCAUGCAUGCUCUUCCUCCGGAAAAAGUAGCAGAACUCAGGGCUAAGAUAGAAGCCGAGAGAGAAAAGCUGCAACAGAAAACAGACUUGGCAGAGGAAGAGAGAAAUCAGGCUGCUGAAGAAUUGGAAAAGAGAGAGAAAGAUAUCAAGGACUCCGAAAUGGAACACGUACGACUUCAAGAGAAACUUAAAGUUGUGGAAAGCAAGAUUAUUGUUGGAGGAGUGAACCUGCUGGAAAAGGCCAAGGAACAAGAACUCCUCUUGGAACAAUCUGCUAAAGAACUCUCUGCUAGAAAGGAAAGAGAGAAAGAACUACAGAAACUUAUUGAGGAAAAAGAGCAAGAGAGAAUUGAUAUCGAGGAAAAGUAUGCCAGUCUUCAAGAAGAAGCUGCUGGGAAAACUAAGAAGCUUAAGAAAGUUUGGAGCAUGCUGAAGAGUGCAGAAUCAGAGAUGGCAGACCAACAACAAGAGCACCAGCGGGAAACAGAAGGUCUGCUCGAAAGUAUAAGGGAGCUGCGCAAAGAACUUCAGUUUGAAACCAAGCUGAUUGAGAGCUUUAUACCCCCUGAAUUUCAGGAUCUGAUUGAGCGACAUGUAUCAUGGAAUGAUGAAUUAGGGGAAUGGCAGCUGAAAUUUGUGGCAUAUUCUGGGAACAAUAUGAGAAAAGCCUCUCCAAGUCCAGAUCCUAAAGACAAAAGCAAGGAGCUCAACGAAACAGAUUUAUCCAGUGUGUACUUGACAUAUGAACACAUCAACUAUGCCAUGGGGUAUGACGAACCUACCGCAAGACCCAAAAGUAGCCGUCCAAAGUCAUCACGGCCAAAGACAGCAGGGAGACCCAAAACUGGAAAAAAAAAAAAGUCAGAGGGUGAGGAAGUAGUAAACAAAAAGAAAGAGGAUGACACACAGAAGUACCCACAGUCCAGAAGGCUUUUGAGUCCAAAGAAACACUUUGCUUAAUAAUUAAGAGCCUUACCUCAUUAGAAACUGAGUUACUUUUAAUCAAAAGUUGCAAAUUUGUACAGUUAAAUCAAGAUUACCCGCAGUUAAAGGUCACUUUGAUCAUACACUCCAUGCCAUUUUCCUUUUUUGCUGCAAGUACUGUAAUUUGAAUGAAUGGCUGAGACAUUCCUGUUGGUCUCAAAAGACAUGACAGAAGAUAAUUUGGUUUUAUCAACUGUACGUGUUGAUAAAUGAAUGUAAAUUGGCCACUGUAAAGGGUUUCUAAAGCUAAUGUUUUUAGCAAAGGGCUAGCACUAGACAUGUCAACCUUAGAAGCUCUUCAGGAUGGCCAAUUUUCUUUAUCAACUUGUCGAUAAAACCAAAUUGGCGCAGUGCGCCCUCCAUCAAUGCAGCACCAUAGUUUCUUUAGAAACUUACCCCCUCUAUUCAGGUGACAGAAGGCCCUGCUAGCAUUGAUUACUAAAUACUUCUCGAAUGCACUUUUCAUGGGCAAACUGGUUCCUGUGUCAAAGUUUGAUGUGGAACAUGUGUGGCCUGUUUUCUCUCCACCACAUAACAGUAUCUUAGGAAAUUAUAUACUGGAAAAGUAUUUUUCUUUCUUCCAAAGCAUUUUUUCUUGCAUUGUGUUCACUGGCCACAGCAAACACGUUUCCAAAUAUUUAUGGAAAACCAAUGCAUGUGUUUGUAGUUUAAUAUGUUCAUUUGUACUAUUUAUUUGAGAGGAAAAUAACUUGUACAUAGUACUGUAAUUACAGAUAUGAACCACUGUCAAAUAAAUUAUUCGUGCAGAGGAUGGUGAAAAUAAUAAAAGAUACUGAACCAUA